AUGCAUAGCGACAUCGCACCAUGGACGACCACGAAUGCCAUGGUAUUGAUGAAGCCAGGCCAGCCUAUGAAAAGCAAAAUGCUGAAGAUUCGCAACCUCGCCCCUGACCAAGUGCUCGUAGAGCUCAAAGCCACGGGCAUAUGCCACACAGACUUGACAGUGGCCUCCGGCAAUUUUCCCUUAUCCACGCCAGCGAUUUUGGGUCACGAAGGUGCUGGCGUCGUGAAAGCAGUAGGCGGAAAACUGAUAAACCGUUACCAGCCUGGCGAUACUGUUAUCUUGAGCUUCAAUUCUUGUGGUCAAUGUCACAGCUGCGACAAUGGUUCCAGCGCUUAUUGUCGAGACAUGGCCGAAGUCAAUCUUCCCCAUACUCCUUCUACUGGUGAGAGAAAUUUUGAGCUUGAUGGGAUCCCGGUCUGCAAUGGUUUCUUCGGACAAUCUUCUUUUUCGAGGAUGGCGAUCGUGGACGAGCGGUCUAUUGUCAAGAUUCCUGGUCUAACGAGCGAAGAACUCGUAACAUUAGCACCGCUUGGAUGUGGCAUACAAACUGGUGCGGGAGCUGUCAUCAACAACCUCAGUGUCACGCCCGAGUCGAGUUUUGCUGUCAUCGGCGCCGGUGCCGUCGGGCUGUCAGGUUUGAUGGCCGCAAAAUCUCGCGGCGCCGGCACAAUAAUCGCCAUCGAUCUGUUGGAAUCGAAACUCGAGCUCGCAAAGGAACUUGGUGCCACUCACGUGUUCAAUGGCAAGGAUCCCGAGCUCGUUGAGAAGAUUGUCGACUUGACACCUAAAACUGGAGGUAUACAAUUUGUGCUCGACACGACUGGGGUGCCGCGUGUUCUGGAACAAGCGGUCACAUUCGCUGGGAUUCGAGGUCGAAUUUGUACGGUGGGCCUCACAGUUCCAGGCACUACUAUGAAGCUAGAUUUCAUGGAUAUGAUGCAUAGAGGCAAAGUUUUCACUGGCAGCAUAGAGGGAGAUAGUGACCCUCAGAAGUUUAUUCCUUUUCUCGUUGACGAGUUCAGGGCAGGUCGUUUACCGCUCGAAAAAAUUGUGCGCCUCUACCGAUUUGAAGAAUUUCAAGACGCCUGGGAGGAUCUGGCGAAUGGGCGAGUCAUCAAGCCAAUCAUUCGGUGGUAG